CAGACCGACCCACCAACCCAUUGCAGUAAACAAAAUGGCUCGCUCGUUCUCACUCACAACGGGUUUUCUCCUCAUUUCCCUCUAUAUCUGCUCCGCCGCUUCACACAAACCCAAUGCACCUCACGAUCUGGUACGUUCAUCUUGCGUUCACGCCAGAUACCCAGAUCUCUGCCUCCGCACCCUCUCUUCAUUCGUGGGCCCCACCAAUACACCACGCGAUUUGGCCCAAGCGGCAGUCAGCGUCAGCCUCACUCGCGCACGGAGAGUCUCAAGUUACCUGACCACCGUCUGGGGUUUCAAGUCGAAGCGCGAGCGAGUCGCGCUGAGUGACUGCGUUCAAGAGAUAUCUGACUCGGUGGACCAGCUGAGCAGGACGCUUAACGAGUUGAAGCACCUCGGUGGCGCGAAGUUCCAGUGGCAGGUCAGUAAUGCGGAGACGUGGGUUAGUGCGGCCUUGACUAACGACGAGACGUGUCUCGAUGGAUUUCACGACGUGGAAGGGAAGGUUAAGGAAGAUUUGAAGAGUAAGAUUACGAAUUUGGCUAGGGUUACUAGUAAUGCCUUGUACAUGAUCAAUCGGGUUGAUGAUGAGAGCCGAGGACAUUAAAGCGCGGCUCGGCUGUGCUUUUUUUUUUUUUUUUUUAUAUUUUGGAGCAGCAUGUAAUAAUAUUUUAUGUAU